AUGUCAAACACCCACAUCUUAAAUGGCAUCUCCACUGGAGAUAUCAAGAGCACUCUGGACCCUGCCCUAUUGAAUUCUACAGACACUGCGCUUUUCCUGAAACCGCCCGCUCCGGCAUGGCCGUCCGUUGAGAUGGCGCCAACCUGGGCACCAUUUGACACUUCACCCCUAGUGCCAGAGAUAGCGUCUCUUUUAGACCAGUCUAGCAAAACAAGCGCGACUCCGUACCACAUAUAUCCCUCGCUCCAAUUAGAGGCAGACUUAGACAAAGUCAUGACUUUGCCAGCCGACGCGAGCGAAACAAAGUCCCCAAGUCCACGCCAAAAAGAUAAAUCGGUCAAACUACACGACACAAGAUCGAUGCUUGCAAGGCCAAAGCAGAGGCCACCCCCUAAAGCAACCCCCAGCCCGCCCAAAAGACAACGGCAAACAAAGCAAGCUGCAACAAAGGGCAUGGGCAGUGGUAUAAAUGGAGAUGCCGAGCCCACUACUCAUCGGGAAAGAUCCCUUGAGCGCAACCGCGUCGCGGCUUCAAAGUGCAGAAAGCGCAAGAAGAAAUGGGUUGAUGAGCUCGAAAAGAGAAACUCUAGGCUGGAGAAGCGCCACAAGGAUCUCAAGACAGAGUAUCUCUUCCUCGUGCAAGAAAUAUCUGGACUAAAAAACUAUAUCGUUGGCCAUGCUAGUUGCCAUGAUCCGAAUAUUGAUAUAUGGCUGGAGAGUGAGGCUUCAAAGUAUGUGUGCAAGUUACAGAGCGAGGGCCCAUGGCGCAUUCGCGGUCUAGGGUUUCCGCCGAGUCCAGACGCGAUGUCUUCAUCCACGCCGUCGUGGGGAAACAGUCAAUGCACGGAGCCGCCAAACGGUUCAUCCACUGAAAGUGAAGACUCAAAUAGCAGUUCCGAUCCAUAUGAUCCAAAUUGGGACAAUGAGAAAAUGGUCUCGUUUUAG